CCUUCCACCCUUCCUCAAAACCCGCCCCCAUCCCUCGGCACGCCUCCUCCUUCUGGCCCCACCCGGAGCCCGGACCUGUUCCGUCUGCGCAUGCGCCUCACCUCCCCGCCCUUCGUUAGUAAAUCGGCCAGGCUCUCAGCUCGUGCGCCCUUUCAGGCAGUUGCGGCCUCGCGGCCCCCACCACACCCGCGCGCCCGGGCUGGUGGGGCCAGAGGUGAAGUGGCAGUUGAGGGAACGUUGGUGACCGCUGAGGGCACGUGAGGUGUUGGUGCCUGGUAUUCCUCCAUCCCCGGUGUCGCCCACUCCCGCUUCCCUGGGGAUGCAUCGGCCGGCUCUUCUCCCCGCGUCUUGGUGCAGCGGAGCUCUGGACCUGGGACUUGCUGUGUACAAGGUGGAAUCGUGGGCCCUGGAGCUGACACCAGUAUCCAAAGGUAGAGGUGUGUGUUCAACGUGGGGAUCCUGUUCUCUGGAGCUGACGCCAGUCUUCAAAGGUGCAGGCAUGUGUGCAAGACGUCUGCUGCAGCUGUGCUUGGCGGAAUCAGGAUUUGCCACUCAGAUAACCACCAGUUGGGAAGCAAAAGUAAGCUUCUCCUCCAAUGUGACCGUGAUCCCUGCUGCUCCACCAAAGGAAGAGGCCCUGGAGGAAGGUGUCACUUAUAAGAAACCAUUAAGGGUAUCUCCGUCAAUCCAUUACACGGUGACCUCACUCCAGCGAACACGUGCUCAGUAUUGCAGUGCCUGGCAUUGGAAGCAAUACACUGUGAUCCAGACAUGGAUCCUGGAUGAAGACAUAACAGGUGAUGACGCUCACGGACGCCAGAUGACACACCACGUGGACGGUGUGUGGAACUCCGUGAACAGCCAUGCCGAGGAGAGGGAGAGAGGCGGCUGGAGAAGAGGGCAGGCUCGAGAGAGAACAGGGAUCACGGGAGAAUGCGGAGGAAAUGCUGUCCGGGGAGAUCAGGAGGAGCGAGUGAAUGAACCUUGACAAGGAGAGUCUCCAGGAAAGGUUCCUGCACUACCUGACACACCCAGUUCCUCCUCACUUACUUCACAGGACUGAUGGCCAUUGUUGUCAUCAUGAUCCAUCCCUUACACCACCCCCAGGGUCAGCACAGCUGACCCCAGUAACCGCCUGCCUCCAGCAAAUCCCCCAGGCUGCUCGCUGUGCGUCCGAAUCUCCAGCUGCCUGAGUCUGCAGGUGCCCAGGGCCCUGGGGACGGUGCCUGCUGGGAAUUUAGGAGACUCGCUCUAGGGCGUCCCUAGUUCAGACCAUCCCUGAUCCUUCAUUGCCAGGAUCUUGUUCUGUAAUCUAUAGGGAUGUCUUUUCCUGUCUGUAGUACAUACUCUUUCGUCAGUGUCCUUCCAGUUAAAAAAAACUGUCUUUCAGACGGACACAAAGAGUGAAAUACAAGUGAGAAGGUAGGCUACAUCGCAUUUCCUACUGGCCUUUUCAUGCUUUCUAUUAUGUUCUUAUACAAGAAAAGAAAUCGUACCUUUUUGUUUCAAAUUACCAUCAAUAUUCUUCAGUGACUAUUAAUGUUUUUCUUUUAAAAUGGAGACUGCACAUGUCUGAAGAUGUUUAUCCAGCAGUUAUACUUUGUGCUGAUAGGAGAAUAAUUUACAUUAUUUGGACACCUGGAAGUGUCACUCAUUUCAACGUCUGACUUCACUCAGAUGAUGAUCUCAGGGUUCCUGAGCUUGGGAUUAAAGUCCCUAUCUGUACUGACAA